AUGCAGCAGCCCCCGACGGUUCGAAGACGACCAAAGCACAGCCGCCAUGUCCUGAGCUAUUGGAGCCUCGAGAUUGCCACUGUCCUGGCGGCGAUCCUCCUCCUCGCUGCCAUCAUUGGUCUUCUCUCCUACUACGACGGCCGAUACAUGCCAGACUGGCCUUUCCAGAUCAAUCUCAACUCGGCGAUUGCCUUCCUCACCACCUUCCUGCGAGCAGCAAUCGUCGCAGCCGUGGCAGAGAUCAUCGGCCAGACCAAAUGGACCUGGUUCACCGAGCGGACCCGCCCUCUGCAUCACCUACAGACCUUCGAUUCGGCAAGCCGUUCGGUCCUUGGUUCCCUGCGGCUCAUAGCAGUGGUUCUCUGGAACUACAGCUUCACAUCGGCCGGGCUGCUCGGUGUGGCUGCGGCCAUGGUGACGAUUGCGAGUCUGGCCGUUGGGCCCUUGACGCAACAGGCCAUCAAGACGACAUCGUGUCUUCAACUCAUGAGCCGAGCAAGAUCAGCGAUCCCUGUUGCCAAUUAUGUUCCUGGGACGUCUUCCUACUAUCGUGUCAGUGUCGGACUGUACGAGCUCGAAGUGGACAUGAAGAGCACCAUGAUCCAAGGCAUCACGGAUCCGGAUGGCGGACAGGAGAGCAGCACAGGUGCCACCUGUAACACUGGGAACUGUGCAUGGCCAGACUAUGGCACUGGGAUUACCCAUGCAAGCAUUGGCCUUUGCAGCGCAUGCAUCGACGCCACCGACUUUGUCAGCGCUCCUGAUAUGGGCGGCAACUUGACACUGCCGGAUGAGGGUGCCUUCAUCAACUUUAGCCCGGGUGGCCAAAACAUGUGGAUGGGCUAUAGCAAUCUGUCAGCCUACGAGCAUCUCUUCAGUGACGACUUUGCCAAGCAGGCUGCUGUCUCGGUCAGCAACUUCAGCAUCCUCGCAACCAGCACGUCGCCGUGCACCAAAGACGACACCACUGGACAGUUGACUUGUCCGCACAGAAUUUCGCAGAGCAACAACAGUUACUAUCAAGGCCUUGGCGACUAUGUCGCAGCCACCUGUAUCCUCUACCCCUGCAUGAAGGAGUUUUGGGCACGGUACGAGAAUAACGAGUUCACCGAGAAACUCGUCAGCACCCAGGUGGCAAUCCCCAACACGGCCGAGACCACGGAUUAUACCUUGUUCUACAAUUACACGGCUGUAAAAAGCCCAUGUGUCCUCGACGACGGAACUUGCCUCGACUUCGAUUCACUGUCAUCUUCAUCAUCAUCCUCACGGCGCGACAUGAAAGAAGAUGCCAGCGUACCGAACGCAUGCCUCUACAAGAUGGACGGCAUCUUCUUCUACGCCGUAUCGAAUUUUCUGUCAAACACACUCUUCUCUGGCAGCUGCAUCUACGACUCGGAGCAAUCCGGCCACCUGGACUGCGGCGACGCCUGGUGGCUCACGCCGUUGUGGGUCGACAUGAACGCGACCUUCUCGACCAUCGACGCGGCCAUUGGCGAUUUCUCCCGGGCCGUCACAAACAAGUUUCGGAGGACCGGCGCGGGGCCCAACCUCCUGCUGGGCGAACAAGUCACGCAGCCAGAGGUGUACGGCACCGUCUACGAGACCAGCACGUGCACGUACUUUGACCGGAAGUGGAUGUCUCUCUCCAUCAUCCUGGUCGCCCUCUGCGCCGUGCUGCUUGCGUGGAUCGCCAUCAACAACUAUCGAGAUCCCGAGCAGCCCGUCUGGAAGGGGAGCGUUCUCCCGCUGCUCUUCUUCGGACUUCAUGAACCUGGCUCCUCUUCCUCCUCCUCCUCCUCCCCCUCCUCCUCCAAUGCGGAUGCUAAGCAAGCGUACUUGCAACCGUCGGUAGUGGAAAGAGUUCCAGAUCGGCCCGAGCGCAUCUCAACAGCUUCGUUCCGAAGAGAGAAUGGGCGGGCAGCGCCGGAACUCGACAAAAUACAGGAUGAGGCGGGUCGGAUGUGGGUGCGCUUUCACGGCGGUACGGACCCUGGCUUCGUGCACUUAGAGGCCAUGGAGAAACGAAACCCUUAG